CCUCAUAUUUUUAAACCAUUUAUACAUAUUUUUACUUUUUAAGUAAUAAAAUAGUAACUUCUUCAUUUUAAACUGUCUCCUCUAUACAGAGGAAAAAAUGUAUUAUAAAUGUAAUGUAAAUGAUACCAGAAAAUAGAUGAAUUCAUCAUUUAAAAUAUAUAAUUGUGUCGAACUGUGGCAUCGUGAGACCAGUCUUCCGUCUAUACCUACUUUCAGUCAAAGCCUGGACAAGAUAUUGGGGCAUGAUGGCGUUCAGCUAUGUACAGUUACUGAAUUAUUAGGUUUACCUGGCUCAGGUAAAACUCAGAUAUGUAUUCAACUAUGUGCAUCUGUUCAAAUUCCAAACUCUCUUGGCGGUUUAGAAGCUGAAGCAUUAUAUAUAGACACCAACACACAUUUUACACCAUGUAGAUUUAAAGAUAUAGUGGUUGCCAGUUUGCUUAAAUGUCAAUCUGUCCUGAGUUUUCCAACAGUAAUAAAUGAAGAGGAUGCACUAAAAAAAUUGCAUUAUGUCAAUGCAUUUGGUAUUGAAAAGUUCUGUGCUUUUAUUUAUGGCCUUAGAAGAUUUGUAGAGGAGCAUUCUAAUAUACGACUGAUAGUGAUAGAUUCAAUAGCCUUUCCAUUCAAAGAAGGUAUAUCACCUGGACAAAGAACAGGUUUAUUGUUCAGACUAAUGGCUGAUUUGCAGAGGUUGGCCAUGGAAAAACAAAUAGCUGUAAGUAAACAGGUAGUGUUAACGAAUGAAAUGAGUACAAGAGUGGGCCUAUCGACGGGGUCCGUCGUGGGUUCUUUAGGUGAUGCUUGGGCGCAUCGCUGCAACAAGCGCGUGCUUCUUUCAGUGGCUAGUCACUCGAGUGAGCGACUGGCGUUGUCACUCAAAAGUAAUACUGCUUAUAACAAUGUGGCAAGAUUUAAGAUAACGCAAGAAGGGAUUAGGGACGUGGAAUGAAACAAACGUAAACAUUUAAUCGUACAUAGUUUAAUUUGUAGUUAAUGUGUAUAUUAUAUAAACAAAACUACAGCACCAAUAAAUAUAUCAUUUUCACAAAUAUCAAGCUUCAUUUCUAUAUCUCAACAAUCAUAAAAUUUAAAGGCAGUUUCCGGUCGGAACUGAGUGCUUAGUGCUUUUAACAACAAGGCGAACAUUCACAAAUUCUUUAUAGUAUUAUUAUGCUAUUUCUUACGAAACGAUAGUGAGUAACACGCGUUUGUAGUCCCCCUUUGUAUCAUCCUGCAAAAUAUUACACUGUACUUCGCAACAUGGUUCUAAGUUAUAAAUAUAUCAUGCAAAUGCAAAGCUAACGACUACUUAAUAAAUGUUUAUUUUGCAGGAUU